AUGGCCGACCUGCCUAAAGAGCGAAUUCAGGCCUCGCGCCCAUUCAUAGUCACCGGUGUGGACUACUGUGGGCCAUUUUAUUACAAGCCUGAAGUACGCAAUAAAUCGCCCCACAAAUGUUAUGUAAGCGUUUUCAUUUGCUUCGCCACAAAAGCUGUAUGGAUGGAGUUGGUAAGAGACCUCUCAACAGGUGCUUUCAUUGACGCGCUAAAACGAUUCAUCGCUAUGCGUGGCAUACCCAGCUGCAUCUGGUCUGACAAUGCGACGAAUUUUGUAGGCGCCAAGAACGAGCUUAAAGAACUACGGAACUUAGCCCUCAGCGAGAAACACCGCAGCGAAGUCCCCAACUUUUGCCUCAGUAAUGGCUUUGAUUGGCGUUUCAUCCCACCUCGCUCUCCGCACUUUGGCGGUUUGUGGGAAGCGGCCGUAAAAACAGCCAAACAACAUUUCUAUCGUUUCGUUGGCUCAUCACUGCUUGGCUUCGAUGAAUUGCAAAACCCAGAGGAUUUAGAUGUGCUAACGCCAGGCCAUUUCUUGAUUGGUGGUUCUCUGACAGCUCUUCCGGAACCGGAUCUAACGACGCUAAACUACGACCGACUUGAUCGAUGGCAGCGUGCAACAUACAUUAAACAGGUUUUUUGGAAGCGGUGGACUCAAGAGUAUCUAACUCUUCUACAGCAACGCGCAAAGUGGCGUUUACCUCAUGCCAACAUUCAAGUCAAUGAUGUCGUAUGCAUAAAGGAAGAAAACUCACCACCACUGAAGUGGCCUCUAGCACGGGUAAUCGAAGUUGUUCCUGGAGCAGACGGUGUCGUACGUGUGGCACUUUUAAAAACAUCUAGCGGCAUAACGCGACGAGCCGUGAACAAGCUGUGUGUCCUCCCGGUGAAGGAUUCUGUUGAAAGCCCUGAUCUUUCAACGGGGGGCAGGAUGUUCGGAGCAGCAGCGGAUAAGCCAGCAACAUAA